CUCUCCUCCCUCCUCCCUCCCUUCUCCUUCCUGAGCCCACCCAGAGUCCUGACACAUCACUGAGUACCAGGCCCCUGCAGACACACACACACACACACACACACACACACGCACACACACACACAGACACACACACACUGUGACGCUGUGGCUGGAGGCUGAUGUGCUGAACCAGGGAGAGGCUGAGACCCUGCACACACACACACACACACAUACACACACACAGGCUGAGGAAAACAAGGCAGACGAAGACGACAGGCUCAAUGGAAUAACACCAGCGCCAGAAGGCUCCCCAGGACUUUCACCAUCACGGAGAUUGGGUGGAACUCAGCCUGCAUUUCUCCUUCACCUGCAGCUCUAAACGUUUCUCAUCAUGGCUGGAGCGUCGGUGAAAGUGGCCGUCAGGGUUCGACCCUUCAACUCCAGAGAGAUCAACAAAGAGAGCAAGUGCAUUAUUCAGAUGUCAGGGAACACCACCACGAUCAUCAACCCUAAACAACCGAAAGAGAACAAGAGCUUCAACUUUGACUAUUCGUACUGGUCUCACACAUCGCCAGAGGAUGUUAACUACGCCUGUCAGAAACAGGUGUACAAGGACAUUGGCGAGGAAAUGCUGCUUCACGCAUUCGAAGGCUACAAUGUCUGCAUCUUUGCGUACGGCCAGACCGGAGCGGGAAAAUCCUACACCAUGAUGGGCAAACAGGAGAAAGACCAACAGGGCAUAAUACCUCUGCUCUGUGAAGAUCUAUUCACCAAGAUUAGUGACAACGGAGACAAUAACAUGUCCUACUCUGUGGAGGUCAGUUAUAUGGAGAUCUACUGUGAGCGAGUGAGAGAUCUGCUGAACCCAAAGAAUAAAGGAAACCUGCGUGUGAGAGAGCAUCCCCUCAUGGGGCCGUACGUGGAAGAUCUGUCCAAGAUGGCCGUCACGUCCUACAACGACAUCCAGGACCUGAUGGACUCGGGCAACAAAGCCAGAACCGUAGCAGCUACGAACAUGAACGAGACGAGCAGCCGCUCUCACGCCGUCUUUAACAUCAUCUUCACACAGAAGCGCUUCGACUGUGACACGGACAACACCUUGGAAAAGGUCAGCAAAAUCAGCCUGGUGGACUUGGCAGGCAGUGAGAGAGCCGACUCAACUGGAGCCAAAGGCACCAGACUGAAGGAAGGAGCAAACAUUAAUAAAUCCCUGACCACACUGGGCAAAGUGAUUUCGGCUUUAGCUGAAACGGACUCGUUACCAAACAAGAACAAGAAGAAGAAGAAGGCGGAAAGCUUCAUCCCCUACAGAGACUCUGUACUCACCUGGCUGCUCAGGGAAAACCUGGGUGGAAACUCGCGUACUGCCAUGGUAGCAGCUCUGAGUCCUGCAGAUAUUAACUAUGAUGAGACACUCAGCACUCUCAGAUACGCUGAUCGUGCGAAGCAGAUUCGUUGUAACGCUGUCAUUAAUGAAGACCCCAACAACCGUUUGGUGCGUGAGCUGAAGGAGGAAGUGGCUCGUCUGAAGGACCUGCUGUACGCCCAGGGCCUCGGCGAUAUCAUAGAGAUGACCAAUGCGAUGACAGGGAUGAGUCCUUCUCCCUCGCUCUCGGCUCUCUCCAGUCGAGCCGGAUCCAUCAGCAACUUACACGACCGGAUCAUAUUCACCCCCGGCAGCGAGGAAGCCAUCGAGAGGCUUAAGGAAACAGAGAAGAUCAUUGCAGAGCUCAAUGAGACGUGGGAGGAGAAACUGCGGCGCACUGAGGCCAUCAGAAUGGAGAGGGAGGCUCUUCUGGCUGAAAUGGGCGUGGCUAUGAGGGAAGAUGGAGGCACGGUCGGAGUGUUUUCACCCAAAAAGACGCCUCAUCUGGUCAAUUUGAAUGAGGACCCGCUGAUGUCUGAAUGUUUGCUGUACUACAUCAAAGACGGAAUCACCAAGGUGGGCCGUGAUGUUGCUAGCUGUAGGCAGGACAUUGUCCUGAGUGGACACUUCAUUAAAGAAGAGCACUGCAUCUUCACGAGCAGCACUGGACCUUCAGGAGAGGGAGUGGUGGUACUGGAGCCGUGUGAGGACUCAGAGACGUACGUCAACGGCAAGAGAGUGACUGAGCCCACAGUUCUCAGAUCAGGGAACCGUAUCAUUAUGGGAAAGAGCCAUGUGUUCCGAUUUAAUGACCCGGAGCAGGCAAGGCAGGAACGCGAGAGGACACCAUGUGCCGAGACCCCCAUGGAGCCCGUGGACUGGGCCUUCGCUCAGAGGGAGCUUCUGGAGAAACAGGGCAUAGACAUGAAACAGGAGAUGGAGCAGAGACUGCAGGAGCUAGAGGAUCAGUACCGCAGAGAGCGAGAAGAGGCGAGCAACCUUCUGGAGCAGCAGAGACUGGACUAUGAGAGUAAGCUAGAGGCUCUUCAGAGGCAGGUCGACUCCCGAUAUUACCCAGAAACCACAGAAGAGGAAGAGGAACUGGAAGAAGAUGUGCCGUGGACUAAGCAUGAAACUGAGCUGGCACUCUGGGGUUUCCGGAAAUGGCGCUUCUACCAGUUCACCUCAUUGCGGGACCUGCUGUGGGGCAACGCAAUUUUCCUCAAAGAGGCCAACGCCAUCAGCGUCGAGCUCAAGAAGAAGGUUCAGUUCCAGUUUGUUUUACUGACGGACACGCUUUAUUCUCCGCUCCCUCCUGAUCUCCUGCCUCCCAGCGUGGCUAAAGACCGUGAGAAGAGACCUUUCCCUCGCACUAUCGUAGCUGUGGAGGUGCAGGAUCAGAAGAACGGAGCCACUCAUUACUGGACCUUAGAUAAAUUAAGGCAGAGGUUGGAUCUGAUGAGGGAGAUGUACGACCGAGCAGCUGAUAUUCCCAGCAGCACCGUGGAUGACUGUGACCAUGCCCUGACCGGCGGCGACCCCUUCUAUGAUCGCUUCCCCUGGUUCCGCCUGGUUGGGAGCACUCCCAUUCUGAACACGUGCAUGAGCGAGCGCAUGAGAGACCCCUCCCCCUCCCCCACCCUCUCCGAGCCCGACUCGGACGUAACCGAGCUCGCAGAUGAGCGGCAUUAUGGGAAGGAGGAGGAGGAGGAGUUGGAGGACCUGGACGAUGAGAUCAGUGUGGAGGAGGGCCAUCAGUGCCGAGGCCAGGACCCCUUUUACGACCGCUGGCCUCUGUUCUGUUUAGUGGGAAGGGCGUUUGUGUACCUGAGUAACCUGCUGUACCCUGUCCCUCUGGUGCACCGUGUGGCGAUAGUGAGUGAGAAAGGCGAGGUGAAGGGUUUCCUCCGGGUCGCCGUGCAGGCCGUCUCAGCUGAUGAAGAAGCUCCAGAUUACGGCUCGGGCGUCAGACAGUCGGGAACGGCUAAGAUCUCAUUUGAGGAUCAGCAGUUCGAGAAGUUUCAGACAGAGUCGUGUGUAGGUGGGAUGUCUCACUCUAACACGUCUCAGGAGGAACUGCGCAUCGUAGAGGGAGAAGGACAAAAUGCUGAACCGAGUCUCUCAGCCGACGAGGUCAACAACAACACAUGCACAAUCACCCCGGAUGUCCCUGGCAGUCCUCAGAAGGAAGGUGUGGAGGGUGUAGCGGACGCCAUACAGGAACAAACACUUUCACACCUGAAGAUUGGAAGCAGUUUCACCUUCAGAGUCACCGUCCUGCAGGCGUCCAGCAUCUCCGCCGAGUACGCCGAUAUCUUCUGCCAAUUCAACUUCAUCCACCGGCAUGAUGAGGCGUUUUCCACAGAGCCGCUGAAGAACACGGGACGAGGGCCGCCACUGGGCUUCUACCACGUCCAGAACAUCACGGUGGACGUGACUAAAUCGUUUGUGGAGUACAUUAAGACUCAGCCCAUAGUGUUCGAGGUGUUUGGACAUUAUCAGAAGCAGCCGUUCCCUCCUCUGUGUAAAGACCUCAUCAGUCCUCUGCGUCCAUCGAGACGUCAGUUCCCUCGCGUCAUGCCUUUGUCCAAACCAGUUCCGGCGACUAAGCUGAGUGCGAUGGCUCGCUCCUCGGCCGGUCCGUGUCACUGUAAAUACGACCUGAUGGUGUUCUUUGAGAUCUGUGAGCUGGAGGCUAACGGCGACUACAUCCCGGCCGUGGUCGAUCACAGGGUGGGAAUGCCCUGCCAUGGAACCUUCCUGCUGCACCAGGGCAUCCAGAGGAGGAUCAGAGUGACUAUAGCUCAUGAGACAGGACAUGACAUCGUAUGGAAGGAAGUGAAGGAGCUCGUUAUCGGUCGAAUCCGUAACACACCUGAAGCUGACGAGACCAUCAUCGACCCCAACAUCCUGUCCCUCAACAUCCUCUCUUCCAGCUACCUUAAACCUUCUUACGAAGACAGCGUUUCCUUGGGAAUUGACCAUAGGACGUUUUAUCGGUUCGAGGCGGCAUGGGACAGCUCCAUGCACAACUCCCUGCUCCUGAACCGGGUCACACCAUACGGAGAGAAAAUCUACAUCACGCUCUCAGCGUACCUCGCGAUGGAGAACUGCAACCAGCCUACGGUCAUCACCAAAGACUUCUGCAUGGUGUUCUACUCGAGAGACGCCAAGCUUCCUGCGUCACGUUCCAUCCGGAACCUGUUCAGCACCGGAGCUCUCAGGCCCUUAGAGGGUAAUCGUGUGACUGGAGUGUAUGAGCUCAGCCUGUGCCAUCUGGCGGAUGUUGGAAGUCCAGGAAUGCAGAGGAGGCGUCGGCGUGUGUUGGACACCUCAGUGGCGUACGUUCGUGGUGAGGAGAACCUCGCUGGGUGGAGGCCUCGCAGUGACAGUCUCAUCCUGGAUCAUCAGUGGGAGUUGGAGAAGCUCAGUCUCCUGCAAGAGGUGGAGAAGACGAGACACUACCUGCUGUUGAGAGAGAAGCUGGAAGCGUCUGUGCUGCUGAGUCAGGAGUCUCUGUGCAGUAAAGACCUGAUGGAGUCGCCCAAAUCCCCAAGUCCCAAUUUGGCAGGCAGCCCCAUUCUGGAUGGAACCAAUGAGAGACAAAGGGAGCUGGCUGCCAAGUGUCUACGACUGCUCAUGCACACCUUUGACAGGCAGUACAGCCAGGUGAGCUGCAGUGCCAGUGAGAGCAAGCUGUCGGAGAUGUCAGCAUCUCUGCUGAGAGACACGUCCUCCUCUGCGCUGAGCUCACUCACUCCAUCCACUACCUGUCCUUCUCUGGUGGACGGUCACUAUGGAAACCUGGACCUCAAUGGUGCAGAGACUCACUCUGGAGCCUCCAGUCCGGAUUUGGACCCGUUCAGUCCUGAGGAAAGGAAACCCCGAAACUGCACCUUCGUCCCCAACAUCCAAGAGAUCCGUGUCAGCCCCAUAGUGUCUAAGAAAGGCUACCUGCACUUCCUGGAGCCUCACACCAGUGGCUGGGUGAAGCGUUAUGUGGUGGUGAGGCGUCCGUACGUCUAUCUGUACCGCAGCGAGAGAGACAGCGUGGAGAGAGCCGUCAUUAACCUGUCCUCCGCCCAGGUGGAGUACAGCGAGGAGCAGCACGGUCUCCUGAGGACCCCGAACGCGUUUGCGGUGGUCACUGAGCAUCGUGGGAUCCUCCUGCAGGCCAGCAGCGAUAAAGAAAUGCACGACUGGCUCUACGCCUUCAACCCACUGCUGGCGGGAACCAUCAGGUCGAAACUCUCCAGGACAAAAUCCGCGCAGAUGAGGAUGUAAACGAAACGCUGACGAUCCUCCAUCUGAGCUUAAACGCAGAAACUCAACACACUCCUGUGCUGUAAAUACUGGUGUGAAGAUAAUAAUAAUAGCCUGUGCCUGCCUCCCCCUCUACUGCCCCUCUGCCUCUGUGUGUGUGUGUGUGUGUGUGUGUGUGUGAGAGAGAGAGAGAGAGAGAGAGAGAGAGAGAGUGUGAAAGAGUAUAAAUGAGUAUGAAUUUAUGGGUACGUCACUAGCAAAAGUCCUAAGUACUGUAACUCGCGUAACCGCGUUAAAAAUCUCGCUUCUUAGUGAUAAUUAUGAUAAAAAUCAGCACCAUACGAAACGCCUCCGUUUUAAAAUGUAAAGAGUUUAGCUGCUGUAAAUGCGACACAAUGCUGCAUAUAUAUAUAUAUAUAUAUAUAUAUAUAUAUAUAUAUAUAUAUAUAUAUAUAUAUAUAUAUAAUGUAUGUGUGUGAGUGUGUGUGUGUGUGUGUGUGUGUGUGUGUGUGUGUGUGUGUGUGCUUCUGUAGGUUAGAUGUGAAGAGCUGUUGUUCCCCGAGCUUUCCCUGAGACGGUCAAAAAGCGAGUUAAUACGAUCACUGAGGGUUUUUUGGUGUUUGUGUUUUUUUGUUUGUUUCAGAAACAAUUUAACCUAAUAAUCAUUCAAAUACAGACAGUAUAAAAAAACACACACACACACAUAUAUAUAU